AUGACCGAACGAAUCGAAAACUCUGGACUUCGCGUGCUAAUUGUCGGUGCUGGCAUCGGCGGGUUGACAGCUGCAGUUGCGCUGCGACAGCAAGGACAUCAUGUUGAGAUCUUCGAGCGUUCCCGCUUCGCCAAUGAAAUUGGUGCUGCGAUUCACCUUUGUCCAAAUGCCAAUGGUGUUCUUCUUCGACUGGGCAUCGAUGCGUUGAAAUUCGGCGGAGUAGAGACCGAGAAGCUUCGUGAAUAUACUCCAGCUGGCGAGCCAGUCCACAUCACGAAUGUGAAGCAGCAGGCGGGUUUCUGGAGACACAGCUGGCUUCUAGUUCAUCGCGCACAAUUCCACGAAGGCCUUAAAGCAGCAGCCCAGGCCCCGGGCCCCGGCAUUCCAGCCAUCCUACACACUGCAAGCAAAGUCGUUGAUGUUGACCCACACAAAGCAACUGUCACCCUUGAAAAUGGCGAGGUGCACACGGGAGACGUGGUUGUCGGAGCAGAUGGUGUACACUCACUCACACGAACCAAGCUGACCCAGGCAAAGGGCAUCAAGCCGUCUAGCUCGGGCAAGAAUGCGUUCCGGUUCUUGAUGACUCGUCAGCAGGCGCUCGAUGACCCCGAGACAAACAGCAUCGCACGAGACAUGGGCGCAGUUGACAUGUGGGAUGGAGCAGAUCGACGGGUUGUCAUCUAUCCAUGUGCGAACAACGAGCUGCUCAACUUUGUCUGUAUUCACCCAGACUCUUUGACGGCGAUCGAGGCCGACGGCGAUGAGUAUAAUCAGCAGAUUAGCAAGAAUGCUCUUCUGGAGGUGUAUAAGGAUUUCAGCCCACAGGUUCUCCGGUUGUUGGAGAAGGCGGAUCCGGCGACGCUGAAGUUGUGGCCACUGCUGGAUAUGCCCACUCUACCUGAGUGGGUGGAGGAUCGAUUGGUCGGGAUUGGCGAUGCGGUUCACCCUUUCUUGCCAUACCGAGCAUCAGGUGGCGCGAUGGCCAUUGAAGAUGCGGCCUCACUCAGUGUGAUGUUGCCUCGCGGUAUCGCGGCUGCCGAUGUGCCCGAUAGACUGAAGGUCUAUCAAAAAGCUCGCCACGAACGUGUAACCACCAUCCAAGAAAUGACGCGCCAGUCGGUCAAUUUGCUACCGCUAGAUAAAACCAUCAUGAUGGUCGGCUACAUCAACGGGCAUGACGAAUUCGACCAUUCCGCUCAGGUCUUGCGCAAGUAUCUCUGGGCUAAAAACCCACACAUGUAUUGGCGCCAGCCAAUCGUCUUUGGCCCCAUGCCUGGCCCCCGACAGGACUGGUAUGGCAAUGACCGCGCGGCGAAAUCCUUGGAGGCAACCUUCCAAACGGCCUCGAUCAAAUUCAAGACCAGUCGCACGCUUCUACAGAAUCUCUUCCCGAAUGACCGGUACAGCUUCAUCUCGCCUAGCACAGUUGCACGGGCCAGUUUCUCACAGACUACACUGAACGGCAUGGACUGGCUGGGCGGUGGUGGAUACCGACACAUUGGACUGUAUAUCCAUGGUGUGCAAUACAAGAAGGAGAAUGGCGAGGUACUCAAGGGGACAUAUAUGCCUAUUCUAUUUGAGAGCCUUGCAGAUCCCAUCGUGUCGGGUCGUGAGGAGCUCGGCAUGCCGAAGCUAUACACAGCGAUUGAUAUUCAUGAGCGGCAUAGCUCUUAUCGUCUGCAAACCAGCUGGCAGGGUGCUGUGUGGGGCCACUUCGAGCUUGAGGAUCUACAAGACCAGGAUACGGGCGCGGACAAAGGUACGAUUGGAGGGGAAGACGAUGACGGAAUCUUGGUAUAUCGGUAUAUGCCCAAGGUUGGCCGAGACACAAAGGGUGAGGCGGCAGAGGAAUACCCGGUCUUUGUUCCGCAUGCGCAGGAGUCCAAGGUCGUGCCAUCCAAGGUCACGCGGGUGCGCCGGAGCAAGAGCGCCAAGGUGAACAUCGAUGGGCUAAAUUGGGAUGCACUGCCCACGCUGCACCAUGUUGUGUCUCGACUUGCGGAGAUCCCUAUCGAUGAGGUGAUCGAAGCGAAGAUCACCGAGGGGUUGGGGGUGCCGGAUGUGUCGAGCGCACAGCGCAUUGAGUAG